CUGCCACCUCCGCUCAACCCAAACUAUAUAUAUACACCAAAUGAACAACUUGCACCUGCACUUUUAGUUAUGGCUUUUUCUCAUCCUCAAACCCAUCAUCUUCUCCUUCCUUCCUCCUCCAAGCAUGUGGGUAUGGCGGCGGCCACACCAUCAAACCUGAAACUGAGGGUUCACCAACGGGGAUUCCCUGUUGGGUGCUUGAGUAUGGAUUCAGGGGCAGUGGUAGAACUGGAAAGAGAGUUAAAGGCUGAGAUUUUGAACCCAGAAGAAGAGCAAGAGUUGAUGAAAGCAGGAGACAAGUGUAGGGAGAGGAAGGGAGUGGUGGCGCUGUUAGAGUGCUUGGAAAUGGAAGCAAUCAUGGGUGGUGAUCAAGGCAAAAACCCUUCUGAUUACAACAGAAGAGCGCGGAUUUUCGAUAAGAGCUCCAGAGUUUUCCAGGCUCUCAAGCAACUACAGAACAAAACAGCAGUAUGACAACAAAUUCUCACUCUCCUUUGUCUUUAAUGCUUUGUAUCUUUUUCAUGCUCCUGUUGCAAUGGGCUUAAAGAAAGGCCUUGUUGUUUUUACUUGUAUCACAAAAUAAUCAAGAAGCAUAAAUCAAUACUUCCUUAGGAAUUUGCUAGGACAA